AAAGCGUCAAAAGUCGUAUCCCUUUUUUCCGUCAUGUUUUGGGGUUUCAGCGAAGCUUUGGACCUCUACGAGGAGUACCGUAAAUCCCUCGACACAUCCGAGGACAUCCCGCCGGAGCUGAACAUCCUGCUGUUUGGCCUGGGCGAUCCCCGCCACGUGCUCAAGAGCGCGGCCCGUGCGUUCAAACACGGCACCAGGCUUAACUUUUACCUGCUCGAAGGAUGUCUGGAGCUGGUCGCGCGGAACCUGCUGCUGACGACGGUGGCAUUCGAGAGCGGUCAGCUGCUUUCGAUUCGCGGGAAGGUGCACUUGUUCAUGGACCUGUUUGGGAACACGUUGGUGCGUCCGUUUUCGAGCGGGUAUUUGAACGCCAAGGCGGCGGUUCUGACGAGGAUGGUUACGGAUUUGGAGUGGGGGGAGCGGAUUGCGCCGAUAUUUUCUCUGGAGGGGCUGCGGUACAAGGAGCGGGACCAGCUGGAGGAUGUGUUUCACUUUUGGACGAACCGUGAGAAGCAUGUUUUCAAUGUGGCGCACUAUUGGGAUGCACGUGUUAGAGCCGCACUCGGGACCCGUUACGACAACAAAAUGGGCGCCUUCGACUGGGACUUGCACAUGAGAUUGAGGGAAAAUGGCGCCAAACAGGUGUGUCCGCAGGAGUACAAGCACUGGCGCGACACGGGAAUCGCUUUUACUUUUCCGGAGUACGAGCAGAGUGAUCCGAAUAAAACUAUGGCUGUUGGGCUAAGUCGGAAUGGGGACAGCUACAUGCAUCGUGGUCUGGUAGGGGAUAUUAGCACAGGGCCAUAUAUUUCGUUUGGGGUCAAGUGCCCCGAGGAGAAGUUGGCCAGCUCCAAGCAUGGUGUCAAUGAGUAUCGUUCGACGGAUGUAACCGAGAGGAAUGUGUUUGAAAUCAUGUACGAAAUUCAGGAGAGAAAAGACUACGAGUUUGACGCAAAGGACAUUCACAAAUAUGGGUCCUACGUGCUGGAUUCCGGCAAAAAUCUGAACAAGGACCAAAUCAGAGCGGAACCAGUUGAGGCGUACAAAUACGAUCAACCAUUGAUUCCUUGUGAGAAUGUUAAAAUCAACUUCCUGCCCGUCGAGGAUGUGCUGAAAAUUCAAACAAAGGCAAACCAACGAAACAAGUAUGACAUCAUCGUGGUAGCCAACAACUAUUUCUCGUUCCUAAAGGACGACUUCCCUCACUUAUUCAAAGAUGGAGCCCUCGUCUGUUUCGAGACCCGCCAGUUUACAACAUUCAGCAAAGAAGAAAUUUCAGCAUUUACAACUCAGAUCAGGGAUUACGCCAAAGACUGCCAUUUGAAACCAUUGACCAACUUUGGCAUUAACAUUCCCUACUCCAUCCUCAAAUAUCGGAACAUUUCUCAAACGCAAUAAAACUCGUUCCACCCCGUCUCUUGAGUAAAGUAAAUUAA